CUUCCGGAACCUUUCUUACUUGAUGUGUAGUGUUCUAAACAAAUAUGCAUUGACUUCCUGUCCAUAUACACAAUAUAUAUCAAAAUAAAGUUGAGGUGGCCUGACCUAGUAAUUUUGCAGAAAUUAUAAUGGCUGGAUUUGGCAAACUCGAGGGCAAAGUUGCUCUUAUCACUGGUGCAAGUUCUGGAAUAGGACAAGGAACUGCGAUAUUGUUUGCAAAACUUGGCGCGAAACUUGCAAUCACAGGUAGAAAUGAGGAAAACUUGCAGAAAACAGCUAAUGAAUGUGAAAAACAAUGUGUGCUGAAGCCACUGAUGAUAGUAGCAGAUCUUGCAAAGGAAAGUGAAAUACAAAAGGUUAUAGACGAUACCAUCAAAGGCUACGGAAAUAUUGAUAUUUUAGUUAAUAAUGCAGGUAUUGGUAUGAUGGGAGGGAUAGAAACAUUGACCCCUCAACAGUAUGACGAAGUGAUGAAUAUAAAUACAAGAUCGAUUUUUCUUCUAACAAAGCAAGCUAUUCCACAUAUGAAUCAGAAUGGCAGUAUUAUUAACGUAUCUACUAAUGUUACGAUUGGUCCGGUUCCUUCGUUAUUAGCAUACGGCAUGUCUAAAUGUGCAUUAGAUUAUUUGACAAAAAAUGUAGCAGUGGAACUUGCACCGAGGAAGAUCAGAGUCAAUAGUGUAAACCCAGGUGUAAUCGUAACAGAAAACCAUCGACGAAUGGGAAUGGAUGAAGAUACCUAUCAAAAUCAAGUACUUGGUCGUUGUCAUAGUAUAAAUGCCUUAGGAAGACCAGGACAAGUCACUGAAGUGGCAGAUCUAAUAGCUUUCUUGGCUUCAGAUAAUGCAUCUUUUAUUACCGGAGCCAUCAUACCUAUUGAUGGUGGAGCAAAUAUUAUUACAGCGUCAUAACAUUUGGGAAUAUCCUUUUGUUCAGUUUUCAAGCUAUACCGUAUGCAGGCUUUUGUCAUAUGUGUGUGAUGCGGAAUAUCAUAUGACUAAAAAAGAACAAUAACUUCUAGACAUUUUGCAACUAAUUAUUAAUCCAUUCCACUAUGCUGGCAGUGUUGAGUCAGAAAAUUAUAUAAACUGUAGAAUUGAACCUCUGUAUAGACAAUUAAUAUUUAAAUCACACAAUAAGAGAUAUGAAAUACUUU